CCUCCCAACUCGCCCUAAUCCCCCUCGUCGCCGCCAUGUUCUCUCCUCGCCUCUCCUCUCGCCCUUCCCACCACCUUGAUGGUUCGAAUACGAACCGACGUCCGCCUUCUUCGUCAGCGGGUUGCCGCCGCCCAAGAAGCGAUCUCAAGCUUGCUGCUCAUCUUGUCUCCGAUCGAUCCCGACCGCACCGAAGGUGGCGAUGCUUCAUAGGUCUCGGUUCUUGACCUGGAGGCCUACGAUUCGGGAGAUCCGAUCACUUGGAAGAAGGUGUGGGAGAUCGUUUUGUUUGCCAGUCCGGGACGGAGGCUCUGCAUCCACGGCUCGACGAUGAGACCGGUUCUCCAACCAGGGGCCGGGAACGAUUGUUCUGCGAUUGUGUUGAGCCUCAUCGAUGCGAUGGUUACGGGCCUGGGAAGAUGCUGGGACCUCGCCGCCAUAGGGCCGGGAAAUGUUCCUUGCGAUUACCUGUGCCACAUCUUCAUGUUUCUGUCGAUCGCCGCUGCACGACUUCACCUCGGACAUGAUCGCCACUUGGUGUUGCUGAAUUUAUUCAAUCUAAAAGAACCGAGAAACAUUGGCGCUCAUGCAAAGGACAACUCUACAUUGACAUGCUGACUGAAAUCAGUAUAAUGAAAUGCCCUCAAAUACCAGAGCAAUUAACAUUUUAGUAGUAGAAUUACCCUUCCAAUUAUUGGAAGGAACACAAAGGCAUGUCGGGCAGUUUAAUGGUUAAACACAGACUUUGUUGUUUAAUGCUCGCGGUGUUGAUAGGGACUGGAGCUGUGUAACUAUUGCUCGAUGGCCAUUCUCGUUGACAAAGACAAAGCAGGAAUACCGUCAGGGGGGCGGAAGUAACAUUACGCUUCACCCCCUGGUAGAAACUACCAGUCAGCAAUCAUCAUACAAAAGGGGAAUCUGUGGAGAACCAUGACAAAAUACAGGUUUGUACUUCAUAUCUGCCUUAGUAUUCUUACAAGAGAAAUGUG